AGUAGGAUGCUGAAUUUUAAACUUCUUAGCUUUUCCAAAUCUUUCCAGCUAUAUAAAGUGGAGCAUUCUUCAGAUAGUGUACAUCGUUUGUUCAGCUUCCAUCGGAACGGUGAAUCUUCAAGAGUUCGAGGAGUGCGUUGAUGUUAUAGUAGAUAGAAUAGAUUUACGGCUCAAGUGUGUUCAAAAUGAAGUGCUUGAUUGUGUUUUCGCUGCUCUGCGUGGGCUAUGCUCUGGCGCAGAAUUUCAACGAUGGAAGAUAUUAUCCGGAACUGUAUUCGAACAAAUUCGAUGAUGGAAAGUAUCGCGCUGAUAACAGUGGUGCUUACCAACCUUGGAAAGAAGGACAACCAGGUGGACCAGGUGGACGAGGAUCAGGAUCCAAUUUCGGUGGCCUGGGAGGUUCCAGCGGCUUCACCCCAACAUUCUCUCCCCCAAGCAAUGUGUUUAGCGACUCGGGACCUAGUUCUGGAAAUAGCAAUGCCUUCGGAAGCGGUGGUAGCAACUUUGGACCUGGACCUAGUUCUGGAAAUAGCAAUGCCUUCGGAAGCGGUGGUAGCAACUUUGGACCUGGAAGCGGAAGCCGUUUUGGAGGCAACAGUGGAUUCAGCAGUGGAGGCUCUGGAGGCUCUGGAGGCGCCGGUUCGGGAAGUAGAACCAUUUUCGACAGCCGAGAGUUCAACGAAAAUGGAUACAACUACAAAUUCAAAACCGAUAACGAAAUCGACGUAGAACAGACGGGUGUCUUUGAAAGCAACAAACCUGAGACCCCACUCCGGGUGAAUGGUUACUACGAGUUCGUCGCCGAUGACGGCGUCAGAUACCGUGUGGAUUACUUAGCCGAUGAGAAUGGAUUCUAUGCAGCGGGUGAUCAUCUUCCGCAGCCAAACCCGAUUCCACCACAAAUCCUGCAGACGUUGAGAAAGCUGAAUGGUAAAAAUUAGACAGCAGUAAUUUCACGUUAAGUAUAGCACCUGCAACCAAACUGUGUUCCUAAUUGCUAAGUGCAACGAACGAGUAACAGAAAAACGAGUCUAAUUUCUCACGCAUAAUUUACGUGCCAUUCGGGAUAUUCAAGCAAUAAAGUACAUUUAUGAAUAGGAA